CAUCCAUUCCCGCUGUUUUCUGCAGAAAAAUUCCUGCCUCUGUUCGUAGGCUCGUCCCUUUUCUUGGUUUUGUUGGUUGCUUGGAGGAGAAGGAAUCAAGCCCACUUCAGUCUAAGCCUCUAACCUACAGUUGUUAGCUCAAUGGCUGGGGCCAGCAACAGGCGUGGAGCAGUGAUGGAGGAUUGGAUGCUCUCCACACCCAGCCCAAGAACACUCAUGUUGAGCCUGUUCAACAAUGAUUUCAGCUCCGGUCCCUUCUCCGAUGUUUCCAGUGACAGUGGCAGCAACAAACCUCAUGAUGGAAUGGAGAGGAGCAAAGCUUCUGUCGGUUCGAGCCCGGGAGAAAGUUCUCAAGUUACAAAAACCUCUCUCCAUUUUGAACCAAACCUGUUUGAUGCUAAUGAGAAAUCAAGCCCAGAUAGUGGCAGUCCAGCAGAAAGGAACGGUUUCUGUGCACUCAAGAUCGACACUUCCCGUGUUGGUUUUUCCGCGUCGAUUCGGUCUCCUAUCAUAAUUCCACCCGGUGCACAACCUUCUCCUACGACCGGUAAAUUGCCAUUUCUGAUGCGUACUAAUGCUAAUACAACAAUACCAUCGGUCCAUAAGAAGGCUCAAGAGCUGUCACAUGAUGAUCAUACAAUCUCCUUCCAGCAAAUUUUGAGGUCUAAACCAACUUUUUCAUUUGUUGACAAGGGUCCCAGUGUUACUCAUCACAACCAGCCCUUAGCAAGCGAGAACAAUCACCGUAUCCCUGACAACGAACAAGAAGAUAGCAAGGCAAACAGAAACGGAGACGAUUCUCCAGCAACGAUCAUUGUCCGUGCCGAGGAUGGAUAUAAUUGGAGGAAAUAUGGGAAGAAGCAAGUGAAGAACAGUGAACAUCCAACAAGCUACUACAAAUGCAGUCACCAAAAUUGCCCCGUCAAGAAAAAGGUGGAGCGUUGUCAAGAUGGCGAUAUAACAGAGAUAGUCUACAAAGGUUCUCACAAUCACCCUUUACCGCCCCCCGACAGACGGCCAAGCGUCCCCUUCUCACACUCCAACGAUCUGCAAGCCGAUGGCGAAGAGAAUGCUUUGGAUGACCACUUCCAACAUGCACAUGGUGAAGUUCCUGCGACAAACUUGUCUGCUUCUCUUAACAGAGAAGGAUUUGCAGACAGAUCAGCUAUCCGAGAAGCUAUUGAUGUCUCGCCGCCGACACUCUCCGGUGAGGACAACAACAGGGAAGCACAUGGUACUGUAUCUUCGGGCAUUGACAGGGACCAAGAUGUGACUGAGUCGAAGAGAAGGAUGAUGGAUUAUGUCACUCCAGCCACCGCCAUCGGUACUAUAGACAUAGGGGCUCUGGCGUCGAGAGCUGUCCGAGAGGCCCGCGUCAUCGUGCAGACCACAAGCGAGGUCGACGUGCUUGACGACGGUUACCGCUGGCGCAAGUACGGGCAGAAAGUUGUCAAAGGCAACCCAAAUCCAAGGAGCUACUACAAAUGCACGCACCCGAGCUGCCCGGUGCGCAAGCACGUCGAGAGGGCGUCGAAUGACCUGAAAUCGGUCAUCACAACGUACGAGGGCAAGCACACCCAUGAGGUUCCAGCUGACAGAAACAAUGGCUACCCAAGCUCAGGUCAUGGUCAUGUUGCGCCACUGCCACAAGCUAAUGGCCUCCACUGGAGGUCAGGACCAGCACAAGGAGGUAUCAUCCCUCAGUACAGUGGCGCUGCUGCUUAUGGCUCACUUGCGCAGCUCGGUGUAGCAGGCGGCUUCCCCUUUGGAAUGCUGCCCCGCGGCCUGGCGCUUGUUCCGGUGCCGGCGCAGAUGAUGGCUGGCCAUCCAUCGGCUAUGCAGGGGAACCCAAGGCUUGUGCUGCAGGCAAGGGAGGUGAAGGGGAAUCCGGCAGCACGGCCAGCAGACCAGAGUGGAACUGGUCCGGCAGCUUACCAGCAGCUGAUGAGCAGGUUGUCUCAGGGUCCUAACAUUUUCACUUCAUGGUUACAGAGGACUCGUCUUACAGAAAAAGGGAACACAGAGAAUUCAAAUGAUUUUAAGCAGGAAAAAUGGAUUAAGAUCUGA